ACCACUGCUCACUGGCCGGCUCCCCGUGGCUUCUCAGCCUGCGUUUUCAUACCACUCAGGAAUCGGAGUGCCCAGUGGGUUGGACCUCCUACUACAUUAAUCAUUACUAAAGAGAAUGCUCCAUAGACUUGCCCAGAUGACUCUAGCAUCUGUGAGGUUGACAGAGAACCAGGAUAAUGCACAAAGCCAGCAUGUCCGUUCAGUUCAGUAGGAUGACACAGGGACACUGGAGGCUGGAAUCACCACAGUGACAUGACCACUGAGCUACUUCUCCUCUGGGCUCUCAGUUCUUGUUUGUUUUCUUUGAACAAAGCAAAGAAUGAAGAGAUGAAGAACUAACACCCAUGUUAGUUCUUCAGAUUCAGUAAAUGUUGUCAUAAUCACACUUUCUAACUCCUGUUUGCAGCUGAGCCGUUUCAGAAGGAACAUAUCAUGAUCCUAAAUACGUCAGGUCUUGUUUCCUGAGAAUUUUCUUCUCACACUAAGAAAACUGACGGCACUUCUUGCUAGUUCUCAAUACCUAAUCUGCAUUCUUAUUUCCCCUGGGUACCUCUUUGGAGGAUUUUUCUCAAAGAUUACAUUUUGUAAUUUCCCUAUCUUUUUAUUCAAAAACAACCCAUCUUCCCUUUUCAUUCUCACCAAGCUAGUGUCUUGUCUCACAGCCUGGUUUGUGAGAUCACUUCCCUGUGAUGUCCUCUGGUCAUUCCUCUCUGGGUCCAGCCUUGUUCUAGAAGCUUGUGGAGAGGCGGCCAGUUUGGAAUCCCUCAGGGCAAGGCUGCAUUGUGAAGGCUCUGGGUAUUUGCAGCAGCUUCGAAUCAGAGGAGGCGUGCCCGGGUGUCAUGUGUUUCCUCUGGUGGCAGUGCCACUCUGACCAUGAGUGACAGCCAGCUUAUUCCCCAGCAAAGUGCUUUUACGUAUUUGAUCUGGACGCAGUGUGUAGGUGACCCUCUGGCAUCAGCCUUGUACCUGAAGGCGUUCAAUUAUUGACUAAAUGAGCAUUUUCAUUGGUGGCAAAAUGGUGGUGGUGGUUAUCAACAUCAUCUCCAUGCUAGGAAGGAGAGUUUUUCCUCAUCAAUAUAGAUGGGCAGUUUUUCCUAAAAACAACAGAAUAACUGAUCAGCUCUUUCUGUUUAAUGAUGAAUUUACCAGUUUUCAAUGGAGCCAGGGUAUGACAGUGACACACAGUGCCAAUUAGCGUCCUAAUAGAUGUUUGCAUAUCCAGCAUGUUGAAGAGAAUUACAGCCAUUUUCCUUAAUGUUUAAAUUAUACAACUGGCUGGAGGGAGCCCCUUCAUGCUGCCAAACUGUAAAUGAAGUAUCACCAUCAAACAAAACUAUAAUACUCUCAGGGAGACCUGGAAACCAGGUAUCUGAUAUAGGAGGGAGUAUCAGUAAGGUCCAGCCUAUAAUCGUGAGACAGACAGAAGAGCAGGCACCAUGGUGUUUGCUGGUGACCUGCUGUCCACUUGGGAACAGAUCAUGGCUGGUUGUAGCUAGAGGGUGAAACCAGUUUCAACACGUGCUGUUUGUUUCACUGUCUUCUACAGAAAGAUUUGUCAAGGCUGUUGCUCUGAGGAUUAAACCAAGGGCCUUACAUGUGUUAGGCAAACGCUCUACCACGGACCCAAAUCCACAGGCCCCCUAGUAGGGAAUUCUGAAUAAUAAAUAAUUAUGAAUUUGUGAUUUUUUUUUCAUCUGAGAUAGGGUUCACUGUGUAGACCAGGCUGGCCUGAAACUCAGAGAGCCUUCCACCCCUGCCUUUCCAGAGUGCUGGGAUUAAAGGUGUGAACAGAAGCACAAUGAGAAAUAAUGGCUGUUCUUCUGAAGAGGUUGACACUACCAACCAUAAAGAUUGACAAUAACUUAAUCGGAAGAUGUUUCCGAAGACACACCGUGAAGCCAGACCCAGCACAGCUGUCCCUGACUGCGUCCACCCCAAAACUGUUGUGCCUGAUUUCUGCAAAGGGUUUUAGUACUGCUGGGGACCCCCAGGGUGAGAGGAAACAGAAAAGAAGGGAUGCUUUUUCUAACACCGGAAGGAAGAUUAGUGAGCGAGUUAUCCGAGUCCUGGAUGAGAAGGGCAUCGACCUGGGGAUGAUGCACCGAGCGGACGUGAUCAGACUCAUGGACAAGACAGACUUGAGGCUGGUGCAGAGGAACACCAGCUCAGAGCCACCCGAGUACCAGCUCAUGACCGGAACGCAGAUCCACCAGGAACGGCUAAAGCUCCGGGAACAGGAAAAGGUCAAGCCCAAAACUGGACCAACUAUGACAAAGGAGCUCGUUUUUUCUUCAAAUAUUGGACAGCAUGAUUUGUACACCAAGAGUAAACAGAUUCAGCAGUGGAUUGAGAAAAAAUACCAUGUUCAGGUCACAAUAAAGAAGAGAAAAGAUGCAGAGCAGCCAGGGAACGAGAUGGAGGAGACUUUUAAUCAGAUUCUCCAGACUAUGCCUGGAAUAGCAACCUUCUUAAGCAGACCGAAAGCCAUUAGAGGAGGGACUGCCUUCAUGUGUGUUUUUCGUCAUUUGAGCAAGAAAGAAGAGAAGGCAUACAGAGAAUCCCAAGAGAGCCACAGAAAAGACACUCUGAACAAAGACGACAGAAACAGCAACGAGUCAGAUGUUUCGUGUCAGUGAUUUUACUAAGACAAAGUGCAGGCAUCUCCAGAAGCCUCUCCUGGCUGCUCUGAAGUCCUUCCCGCCUAGCAGACAGUGAGUAAUGCCGCUGGCGGGGGCAUCUUGUCCUCUGGACUGCUGCUGGACUCUGUGCUGUUAGGCAAGGAGCAGUCUGGCUUUUGUUUCCUCUUAGGAGGGAAGUACCCACUGAGGCGAGAGGCCAAGCUGCGUCUCUCCCGAGGUGGUCUUACCUUUGGGAAUAAGGGAAACAGACAACUGAGCUCCCCCUCAGAAUUACCUGUGUUUCACAGAUCAGCCGAUGGGAGUCACCCCCUCAGCAGGCAUGGGCACACAGGACAGGGGCGGGGUGGAUGGACAGACGCCACGCAGGCCUUACAGCUGAGCGCUGGCCCAGGCGCCUGCCACUUACUUUGAGUUUCAUCCUCUUCCUGUCGGGAUCGUGCACAACACUGUGCCUCAGGAGACUUUGCUGCAGUGCAAGGGAAAGAAAGAGGCUUGCUCUGGGCCUGGAGAGGUGGCUCAGUGCUUAGAGCACGUGCGGCUCUUGAGGGCAUGGGUUCAGUUCCCAGCACCUGCAUGGUGGCUCACAACCACCCGUACUCCAGUUCAGUAAAAACCCUUGGUGUCUGCUAUGGUUAAAAUGCAGUGGUACAGUGAGCAGUAAUAAACUACCAGCUGCCUUUC